CAUCUUGCUCCCGUAUCUGAGGCAGGUCAAGGUUCUCUCAGAGGUGGACGAAGACGAGAUCCUUUCCUGUCACAACCUGACUAAUCGCUGCAUGAGAACAAGUAAGCUUCCCUGACUAGAUUUUUUUCUGUUUUAGAUUUUGAUUAUUUAAAGCAGUCCAAGAGGCUGAAUUACCAGAGGCGUCUGUAGUUUGUAACUGUGAAAAUGUGGAUUCAGAUUUGUCCUCUUCUUUCAGCCAAUCAGAGGUGGACCUGGGUUAAUGUGAUAGAGCAGUGAAAAUGUAUUUCCCUCCUUUUUUUCAGUUUUUCUAUAUUUUCUAUAUUUCAACAUUUCAGAUCAUCAAAAAUGUAUUUUUGUCCUAGAAAGAUGAACUUAGUAAAUGCAAAAAAUCAUUUUCAAAUUAUGUUUUUAUUUUUUAUUUGUUUUAUUAUUUCCACCAACCUGGCCCUGUGUCAGAACUGUUCCAAACCUAAUAACUGGUUGUGCCACCCCACGCAUUUGCAAUAACUGGUUCUGGGUUUUUUAGAUCAUUUUGAAGGAAUUUUAUACAACUCGUUUUUGCAGAAUUGCUGUUAUUCAGAAACAUUGAAGGUAUUUUUGAUAUUUUAAUUGUGGUUAAUUUGAUCAGGUGGUUUUCACCUCAGAGCUCUCCCAUGGAUAGCAUUUGUGCUUAGUUCUUUUUUCUUUAUUGUUUACACAUGAACACUGAACGCUUUUGAUGGUCUGGGUGUUUCCUGACCUGGAGGAGAUGGGAGUAGUUUUGGGUGCCUGGCAAAUUAGGGGAAGGUUCACCGCUGUUCCAUGUUUUCUGUGUUUGUGGAUAAUGGCUUUUACUGUGGUUUACUGUCAAGUCCCUAAUACUUGAAAAUGGCUUUGAAAUUUAAAUGGUUCCUUGAUUUUAUGGGUCUCAUGGUAUCCAGGCUGGAAUGUGGCUUGUGAAAAUGAACUCAGCUUUUUAUUUAAAAUUUUUUAAACUAAACCCUAACCCUACCAAGGGAGAGAUUACUAUUUCACAUAAGGCCAGAUUUUCUUAGAUAGCUUUUUGCCUUAUUAAAUGAAAUAGUUAUUUGUCUAUGAUCUGAUGAUCUGAAACAUUUAUGUGGCUCAAAACACAGCAAAAACAGAAGAAAUAAAAGCCCCGGCAUUUUUUUCACAGCACUGCAUGUCCGGUUAGGCAGUCAAUAAAACAACUGAUCAGCUGUCUUAUUGUUAUUGUUUCAGCAUACAAAGCUACAAACGUAAUCAUUCCAGUGAAUAAAAAGUCAGUCUGACAUUCAAGGUUUAGCACGGCAUGAGAUAUUUAGCGUUAUGACUAGUCAUGGAUUAUUUAAAAGCUUUCUGAAAGCUGAUUUACAGUAAUUGCUUUUAAAGCCUUUGAUAUGAACGGACAGGCAUACAGACAGCGUCGUUGGGCUUAAAAAUCUACAAGGUUAAUAAUUCUUGACUGUUUUGGAGAUUGCAGGAUGCCACCUGCUCAUAAUAAGAGGUUAUUUAGCCAGACCUGUUGUCUACAAGGAAACCUUUAAGUGAACUGCAGAAAGCCAGUUCUUGAGCUCUGGUUAAAUCUGAGACGUUCCUGAGUAUUACACUUUGACUGAUUAAGGUGUGCAAAGCCAAAACAUAAACUUCAGAUUUAAAAAAAAUGUGUAUGCUAGUUGAAAACAUCUGUCCGAAAUAAGCUUCUAUUGUGUCCUCCACAAAUAUAACCUAGUUUUCCUUUCACCUUUAUUAGGAUGGAUUUAUAGUUGUGUGUCCUAAAGCUUAAACUGGAGUAGAAAGAGUAAAAUAAUGUCUCCUAUUAGGCUACAUGUUGGAUCUGCUGAGGUCCCAGGGAAGAAAUGGAGCUAUAGCUCUGCUAGAGGGCCUGAUGAUCCAUUACCCAGCUCUCUACACCCAAGUUACGGGACGCAAGCCCAGCACAGAGCCCUCGAGAUUCAGUGGCCUGAUUAAGUACUCAGAGCUGACUGAGUACCUCAUCCGAGCAGUAACAGGGAUGCAGACGGAGUUGCAGGAGGCCCGCAACGAGGCCGGCAGGAUGAGCGCACGCUGCUCCUCCCUGGAGUCGGAGGUCGGACAGCUGAUAGAGCAGGAAGAGAAGUCCAGACACCUUCAGACCGAAAACGAACGUUUGCAGAGACACCUGAGCUCUCUGCAACGGGAAGUCACCAAGCUGAAGGACGAGAAGUGUGAUUUGUACAUCCGCUACACCGCAGCUAUCGAGGAGAAAUUGGCUAUAAACGGGCGGCUGCACAACCUGAACCUGCAGGUAUAUCAGCUGCAGACGGAGCUCCAGAGCAUUCAGAUGGAGAAUGAGUUCCACAAACAGCGUUCCCUCCGAAGUGUUUCUAAUUCUCAGACCCCACAGCUGCAGGAGGAGACUCAUAAGGACAUCCUGGAACAGGACCUGGCAGAGGCAAUUGACAGUCAGGUGGAGCUUGCAGAGCACCUAAGAACCUACAGAGAAGAGAACGAAAAGCUGCUCAGAGACAAAAAGGGGCUCUUGGAUCAAACACAGGCUCUGAGCCUUCAGGUGCAGCAGCUUUCCCUGGACUGUAAAAUGCACCAGCAGAAGAGCACCGUGGUCCAGAGCCAGAUGAAGGAACUCCAGGUAGAGAGGGAUCAGGCCUACCAGUCGAGAGACGAUGCCCAGGCCAUGAUCGCCCGCAUCCUGGCUGAGAAGGACGCAUUGAGGAGUCAGCUGGUGGAGCUCCAGGAGGCCGUCUUCACGCUUCAGGCCAAACGCAGCCCUAGAAUCCAGCGGCAGAGAUCUCAUUUGAAGGAGAUCAGCUGGGAGAGCCCAACCUCCAGCUCCGAAGAAUGUCCGCCGUCAGUUCGACGGAGACUUCGCCGCAUGGAUGCCCUUAACCCCGUGUCUCAGAGUUCCUGCUCGUCAGAAACAGAAAAUGCCGGGCCCACCAGCGUCCGAUCCAAAGCCGUCGAGCCGCCCAGUCCAGAGUCUUUACGUCGAAGACAGGAAGUUUUGUAUGCAGACAGCAGUCUGGAGACAGCAGAAACUGACCCUCUACUAGAGGAUUUUGUCUUCCUUUCUGAUGCAGGGAGUGAAGACGAGCAGACACCCAGACCUUCCUCUUCUCGUGACUCCAAAUCUGUCGGCCUCUCAAAAACCUCAGCCCCUCCCUUCCUGGUGCGCUCUCGUCCAAAAGCGAUCCGCGUCAACGGCCGCGUUCUCAGCAUCUCCCUCCAAUGCGAGGCGCUGCUCAGCGAGCUCACAGUCGUAGGAGGAAAUAAGUCCGGGGUGUUUGUGCACCAGGUGACCGAAGGCAGCACCGCCCAUUCUGUUGGCAUCAGCCCUGGGGCUCAGAUUGUGGAGGUCAGGUAUGAGCAAAACAACAGGGCUCUGAAGAUGGUGUUGGAGGACUCCACCUUAGAAGAAGCUACUUGGGCUCUCAGCCAGGUCACAGGCUUCUGUCACCUGUCCCUCCGCCCCAGGCAAAAAGACUACGAGGCGCUGCUGCAGCAGCUGCAGAACAGCAACACGGCGUCAGGGGACUCCUUCUACAUUCGGGUCAACUUAUCCCUUAGUGCUGGUGCCAGCGGGACCUUGGCCGUGUCGUGCAACGAUAUCCUGCAUGUAACAAACACGCGACCAGCAGGCGCUGAGGAUCAGUGGCACGCGAGCCAGGUUCACCCGUGUCAGCUGCUGGACCUGCAGAGCGGAGCUGUGCCCAAUUAUUACAGGGCACAGAGGCUUUUGAUUCAAACUAUUGAAGAUAUGAGCUUUCAGACAAAGAAGUUUCGGAAGGUUAGACGAGUGGACACCCCGAGUGAACAGAAAGCGGUGAGGAUUGUCAGCACAGGGCGCCAGGGAAGGAAUCCUCUGUGGCUCAGCGUGGAGGAGGAGAACAGCAAAAGCACAGAGUCAGGUCCUCCGUCUCCAUCCAAAAGCUGCGUGACCCUCAUGCCCUACACCCUGGUGACUCCUCAUUUCCCACCAGUCUGCAGGCCCGUCCUGCUGCUGCCCACAAUACUGGGACGCAUGCUGGACAGUAAGCUGGCCAAUUGGCAGGGCUUUCAGCUCUGUGUGCCCGAGGUUCUGACCUCCAGCGAGCACGCUGCUCGGCUCCAGAGAUCCGAGAUUCUGGAGGAGGUUGAGCCUGGCGAAAACCAGUGCUUCACCCUUCAGGGCGUUGAGAAAGUCAUGAAAAAGGGCCUUCACUGUGUGCUGCCUCUGGGCCUGGACUGUGUGCGCCGGCUGCACCGCUCCGAGAUCUUCCCAAUCAUCAUCUUCAUUGGCCUGUCUGCACGCAACGCACGCAAACUCAGGUCAAAGCUGCAGCGUAACAAUCAGACGGAGGAACAGCUGCUGGCAUGUGCGAAGAGCGAGGAGCCGCUGCUGGACAAGCUGCCGUGUCUGUAUCACAGCAUGGCUCCGGGCUCCUGGUGUGACCAAACCUCGCUGCUGACCAGCCUCCGCACUGUCAUCUGGGAGGAGCAGAGGAAGAUCGUCUGGGUGGAGCCUGACCUGUGGUGAAGCUAAAAGGAGGAAAAUACAGGCCGUGCUUUUAUAAUAAUAAUAAUAUAUAUAUAUAUAUACAUAUAUACAUGUAUAUGUAAUGAGUAAGCUUUACAAGAAAUGUUUUUGUAAACAUGAGUAUGUAUCUAUGAUACUUAAGUGUAUAAGAUCUCAGUGGGGUACCUAGAAAUAUUGUCUAAACUGAAUAUUAUUACCCUCUAUUUUAGGUAUUUGUUUAUAACAAGCAUGUGUAAAUUAAUUAUCUUAACUGUAUAAUAAUAAUAAUAAUAAUAAUAAUACUAAUAAUAUCUCCAUAUUAGGUUGUAGGCCAGUUCUUGCUAUGAGGGACUGCAUCUGGUGCAGAUCUUGUUUAAACCACUACGUCUGACUACUACUGUUUUAUUUAAAUGUUAUCCGGAGGGCAUUUUGGUUUUUCGAAUGUUUUGUGUAAUUUAUGGAAUAAAGGGUUGUUGUUAUAAAUGAAAAAGGUAUCACUGAUACCCCUGCAGGUUUCAUUUCUCUAGGACUGCAUGUCAUGACCACACCAACGGGUUUGUUACGUUGUACUCAUCGGACGCAUUGUAUACGUGCGGCUCCAGCCUGAACUCUCUGAACUCGGAGAUCCUACUUCCUCGUAGCUGCCGUUUGCCCCUUUCUUUGUCUCAUCAGGAAAUGUGACACAGGUUUUUUUUUUUUUUCCUGCUUAUGUCUGACGCUGAUGCUGUCACUCUGCAUAAAAAAACCAGCUUGCUUUUUAUCUUCGGUCUCUCAGCAACCUCUACCGAGCUCGAGCAUAUUUGUCCGUGUGCAACCUUCCCUCUAAUCUGCAGCCACCCUGUGUGACAAGUGCUUCUCUUCAAUGUUUUUGUUUUCCUUCUACAUUUUCUUAGCCCGUCAGAUCUCCAUGCACAUUAAGUGUGCUCCAAUUUUGCCAAUAAAAAUAUUUAACUUUAACUUUCUCUGAAAUUUUGAAAUGGACGGAUAAUGUCUCACUAUCUGCAGUACAUUUUUGAAAGAACGCAUGUUGACCAUUAGAUCCUUUAGGCUAGACUCUAAGAUUUCUCCAGUUUUGUCAAGGUUUGUUUGAUUUAGACAUUUAUGCUUCCUUAUUUAUUUUAUUCUGAACUUAAGCAUUUAUCCUUAGCACAAAUAAAGUCUAAAGAGAUGAAUGAAGGCCUUUUUAUGGAGAUUGAUCAACCAUUCACAUGCCUAAUAAUAUCUGUCCGCAC